AUGUCUGACCUCGCAGGCCGGAAGGUCUUCAAGGUGUUCAACCAGGAGUUCGUGGUCGAUGAGCGGUACAACGUCACCAAGGAGCUGGGCCAGGGAGCCUACGGCAUAGUCUGCGCGGCUACCAACAACCAGACGGGCGAAGGCGUCGCCAUCAAGAAGGUCACCAAUGUCUUCAGCAAGAAGAUCCUCGCCAAGCGCGCCCUGCGUGAGAUCAAGCUGCUGCAGCACUUCAGAGGCAAGUCUUCUUUGUGCCAGUCACGGGCAUACAACCUUGGAACGUCGGCUAACACGUGCCAGGGCACCGCAACGUACGAGUCUCGCAAUACCCACUUCGAUACAGACGCUGAACAUACACCGCAGAUAACAUGUCUUUACGAUAUGGACAUUCCACGCCCGGACAACUUCAACGAGUGCUACCUCUACGAGGAGCUCAUGGAGUGCGAUUUGGCCGCCAUCAUCAGGUCUGGCCAGCCGCUCACCGACGCCCAUUUCCAGUCCUUCAUCUACCAGAUCCUCUGCGGCCUCAAGUACAUUCACUCGGCAAACGUGCUUCAUCGAGACCUGAAGCCCGGUAAUUUGCUGGUCAAUGCCGACUGUGAGCUCAAGAUCUGCGAUUUUGGUCUGGCCAGAGGUUUCUCGAUGGAUCCUGAAGAAAAUGCGGGUUACAUGACCGAAUACGUGGCCACCAGGUGGUACAGAGCACCCGAGAUCAUGUUGAGCUUCCAGAGCUAUACCAAAGCCAUCGAUGUCUGGUCGGUAGGCUGCAUCCUCGCCGAACUAUUGGGCGGCAAGCCCUUCUUCAAGGGCCGAGACUACGUCGACCAGCUGAACCAAAUCCUUCACUAUCUCGGCACCCCCAACGAGGAAACCCUCUCGCGCAUCGGCUCGCCCCGCGCCCAGGACUACGUGCGCAACCUACCCUACAUGCAAAAAGUCUCCUUCCAAUCCCUCUUCCGACAAGCCAAUCCCGACGCGCUGGACCUCCUCGACCGCAUGCUCGCCUUCGACCCCUCGUCGCGCAUCAGCGUCGAAGAAGCCCUUGAGCACCGCUACUUGCACAUCUGGCACGACGCCUCCGACGAGCCAAACUGCCCCACUACCUUCGACUUCCAAUUCGAGGUCGUCGAGGAUAUUGCUGAGAUGAAGAAGAUGAUUCUGGCCGAGGUGAAUCGCUUCCGUCAGCAGGUGCGUGUGCAGCCUGGUGGCCAGGGUGGGGUGGGACAGCAGCAGCCCACCGUGCCGAUACCGAACAACUAUGAUCGCAGUGGGUAUGAGGAUCCCAGACCACAUGAGGCCAUGGCGCAGGGCGGGUGGCAGGGCAAUGAUCUGGAGAGGGAUUUGCAGGGUCUAGAUGCGCGCAUGCGAUAG